AUGAGCCGCUCCCCGGCAUCCUCAGCCCUGCUCCCGAUGCCCGGCUCGCCAUCGUCAUCCUGGGCUCUCUACAGGGCCCGCCUGUCGUCCAUCUUUCGACGCUCCGACACGGCCGUCUUCGUCGCAUUCUGGCUCUUUGGCCUCAUCAACAACGUACUCUACGUCAUCAUCCUCUCAGCCGCCCAAGACCUCGUCGGCUCCCACGUGCCCAAGGGCGUCGUCCUCCUCGCCGACGUGCUGCCCUCCUUCUUCACCAAGCUGAUCGCGCCCUACUUCAUCCACAAGGUGCCCUACUCGCUGCGCAUCCUCGUCUUCGCCGCCUUCUCCUCGGCCGGCAUGUUCAUGCUCGCGCUCACCCCGGUCGACCGCUCCGUCGGCGUCAAGAUGGCGGGCGUCAUAUUCGCGAGUCUGAGCAGCGGGGCCGGCGAGCUGAGUUUCCUCGGCCUGACGCACUAUUACGGCCAGCUGAGCCUGGCCGCCUGGGGCAGCGGCACGGGCGCGGCUGGUCUGGUUGGCGCCGGGUUGUACGUGUUGCUGACGGAUUGGAUUGGCUUCACAGUCAAGAGUAGUCUCUUCGCGUCUGCAUUUCUACCCGUGAUCAUGCUCGUCAGCUUCUUUGUUGUGCUACCUAGAGGACCUCUCCGCGACGGUCAUCACGCCAAGGACUACCAGCCAGUAGCAAGUCCGGACGAGUUGGACGACGAAGACGUGGAGGGCGUGUCAGCUCAGACCGCUGCCAGCAGUCUACUAACCCCGGCGCCAGACUCUGGCAGAGAGGACCUCUGGUUCAAGGUCGGGGCGAAUCUGCGUCGCGCGAAGUCGCUAUUCUUUCCGUACAUGCUUCCAUUGAUGCUGGUCUACGUAGCAGAAUACACCAUCAACCAAGGUGUCUCACCAACACUCCUCUUCCCCCUGGAAUCCUCCCCGUUCGGCGAGUUCCGCGAUUUCUACCCCAUGUACGGCUUCCUCUAUCAGCUCGGCGCCUUCGUCUCGCGGUCAUCCAUCGCCUUCAUACGUAUCCGGCACCUCUACAUCCCAUCUUUCCUCCAGCUCGGCAACCUCGUUUUGCUGACGUUUCACGCUCUGCUAAACUUCAUCCCAUCCGUGUACCUCGUCUUCAUAAUCAUCUUCUGGGAGGGCCUCCUUGGUGGUGCCGUCUACAUCAACACGUUCGCCGAGAUAUUAGAGCAUGUUCCCACAUCAGAGCGAGAGUUUAGUCUUGGUGCCACGAGCGUCAGCGACAGCGGUGGUAUCUGUAUCGCUGGCUUUAUUGGUAUGGCCAUGGAGACAGCAUUACCACAGCGCAGCACAGACAGCAUUACCACAGCACAGAUGUAG